CUCCAGGCUGCUCCCUGGAAAUCGUCUUUGAACCAAAGUGAUGAGUUAGAGGGGAAAAGCAACCGAAGGGAGGGGAAAAUAAGCCCCAAAAGCAUCCGGCUGUCACCAGCGUGGGCUAAUACGCUUCUUUGUUGGCUCUUGGGGUGGCACGGAGGUGUUUUUUGGGGUGUCUGACACCCCGAGGUGGGACAGGCGCUGGGAACAUCGCUCCCCCACCCGCACGCAUCUCCUGAAGCCAUGGGUCGGGACCUGCCGUUGCCGAACAUCCUCGCCCAGCCAAAAAUCGUCCUGUAUCCAACCAGGCGAGCCCAGCGACCCCUGCAAACACCUCUGCCUUCCGUCUGGCUCUACUCGGGGUGGCCUCGAGCAUCUCCACCGUUCCCAGCAUCCUUCAAAUCUUAGGGAAAACACAACCUAGGGAAGGGACGGUGACAUGAAGGCCGUCGGUGGUUUGGGACCGUGCCCACCUCGUGGCCCCGCAGCACCCCGUGGGCGGGAUGCCGGCGGUGGGCGCUGCGAGGCGGCCGCUGGGGCUCUGCCCGCCGGCAGCACGGCCGAGCUAUUGUUUUCCCUUCCUGCUUGUUUUUCCGGACGUCCUAGUGAAAUCCUAACCGCCCCCCCCUCCCCUCCUCGCAGCGGCUCCCGGCGAGGUCCCGCUCUGGGAGGGCACGCAGCGGGAGCGACGCUCCGGCAGCUUUCCGCCCCCGUUUAUCCAAAAAAUUGGGCAGGAACGGCACCGGGAGGAGCUGGAGCCCUGCUGGAGCUGAUAGUCGAAAAGACGACUGACUACCCUUCGGCUGAGUACUCCCUGGUGGAGGAUGUAGCCCUCCACUUCACGUGUUUGAUGGACAGACUGAACGAGCAGCGCCUCUUUCAGCCGGACCUGUGCGACGUGGACAUCGUGCUGGUGCAGCACAAGAGCAUCUUCCCGGCGCACAAGGGGGUCCUGGCGGCCUACAGCCAGUUCUUCCACUCCCUCUUCACCCAAAACAAGCAGCUGCAGCGCGUGGAGCUCUCGCUGGAGGCCCUCACCUCCCAGGGCCUCCAGCAGAUCCUCAACUUCAUCUACACCUCCAAACUCCUCGUCAACUCCUGCAAUGUGCAGGACGUGCUGAACGCGGCUGCCGUGCUGCAGAUGAACAACAUCGCCUCCUCCUGCCAGGACCUCCUUGACACGCGCUCGCUCAGCCUGGCCGCCGACAUGGCCCUGCCCGCCGAGGGCUGCGCCGGCCCCCCGCCCUACUACUGCGAGAUCAAGCAGGAGGUGGACGCCCCCCACCCCAAAAUCUACGCCCGGGAAGGCAACGACCCCUACUCGGUGCGGGUGGAGGACGGGGCGGGUGGUGGGACACUCCCCGCGGGGCCGGCCAAGCAGUACUACAAGGAGGAGAAGGAUGGCGGCCCCGGCGCUGUCUGUAAGAUGGAGGGUGAGGAAUCUGAGGAGGACCUGGACAGCCAGGGCUCCUACAACCGGGAGCAGAUCAUCGUGGAGGUGAACCUCAACAACCAGACCCUCAACGUCUCCAAGGGGAUGGAGGGGAAGGCGGCCGCCAGCGAGGCAGCCGUGAUGGGGCGGCCCGAUGGCGACGGGCGCGACACGGAGGAGGACGGGGAGGAGGAGAACGAGGAAGGGGAGGAGGAGGAGGAAGAGGAGGAGGACGCGGAGGUGGGGGAGGAGGAAGAGGAGGAGCACAGUGAGGAGGAAGACCUGGAGGAGACGACAGAAGAAGAGGAGGACGAAGAUGAUGAUGAAGAUGCGUCGGAGGUGAAAAGAGAAAAGAGCGGGCAGCCCCGCAGGGGUAGCCGAGCAUCCAAGGCCACCAAAUCCACCAUGGCCACCAGGUCGCAGGAGAUGGCCAAGGCAGAAGAGGAGGAGGAGGAGGAAGAGGAAGGGCAGCGAGGGAGGAAGAGGAAGAAGGAGCAGGACGGGCUGGGCCAAAAGGUGAAACUGGAGGAGAAGCAGCACUACCCGUGCAAGAAGUGCCCCCGAGUCUUCAACAACCGCUGGUACCUGGAGAAGCACAUGAACGUCACGCACAGCCGCAUGCAGAUCUGCGACAAGUGCGGCAAACGCUUCCUCCUCGAGAGCGAGCUGCUGCUGCACCACCAGACCGACUGCGAGAAGAACAUCCAGUGCGUGACGUGCGGGAAGGGCUUCAAGAAGCUCUGGUCGCUCCAUGAGCACAACAAGAUCGUCCACGGCUACGCCGAGAAGAAGUUCUCCUGUGAGAUCUGCGAGAAGAAGUUCUACACCAUGGCCCACGUGCGCAAACACAUGGUUGCUCACACCAAGGACAUGCCCUUCACCUGCGAGACCUGCGGGAAGUCCUUCAAGCGCAGCAUGUCCCUCAAGGUCCAUUCGCUGCAGCACUCGGGGGAGAAGCCAUUCAAAUGCGAGAACUGCAACGAGCGCUUCCAGUACAAGUACCAGCUGCGCUCCCACAUGAGCAUCCACAUCGGGCACAAGCAGUUCAUGUGCCAGUGGUGCGGCAAGGACUUCAACAUGAAGCAGUACUUCGACGAGCACAUGAAGACACACACAGGCGAGAAGCCCUACAUCUGCGAGAUCUGCGGGAAGAGCUUCACCAGCCGCCCCAACAUGAAGCGGCACCGCCGGACCCACACGGGCGAGAAGCCCUACCCCUGCGACGUCUGCGGCCAGCGCUUCCGCUUCUCCAACAUGCUCAAAGCCCACAAGGAGAAAUGUUUCCGCGUCAGCAACCCCUUGGCUUCGGACACGGCCGCCCCCCAGCCCGCCGCCAGCCCGGCCCCGCUGCCCCCCGGCCCCGGCGUCUCCCCGCUGCCACUGCUUCAUCCCCUCCCACAGAGCCUCCCUCCUCCUCCUCACCUACCGCCACCACCUCCCCUGUUCCCUGCGGGGAGGAUAAAUUCCAAUAACAACUAGGUGCCCCCCCACGCCCUGCACAGACUGCUCUGCCCUUCGGAAAUGCCCGGGGAGCCAUGGCUUUGCUUGCUCUCUACCCCCCUUCCUCCUCAUUUUGGGGUUGUUUUGGUGUUUUUUUUGUUUUUUUUGUUUUUUUCAUUUUCUCGCCUGUAAAGCCUUUUUUUUUUUUUUUUUUUUUUUGUGGAGAGGGGGAGCUGGGGGAAGCCCCUGAGGAGCGUGGAUGCUUGAGGGGUAACCGUCCGUAAAGGUGCAGAUAAAAGGCAUCGCUCUCCGUUUUGUCCCAGCCGUCAGCCCCUGUUGCAGUCUUCCACCAGCAAUCCCCGUCAUUGGGAAAACAGGGAAGGGAAGCCUCUCCCAAAGGGACUUUUCCCACCGAGAGAUGGUGAUUUGACCCAGCGAGGGGACGGAUGCCGACGUGCAGGUUCCAUCGGCUCCGUCCCCAGCUGGGCUGCUCAUCCCGACCCUCCCCGGCUUGCCCCUUCCCCGCGCAUUGGCUUCAUCUCCAUGCCAAGAGGGCGGUGGGGCACGGAGGAACAUGAUGCUGCGCCAUCCGGGGUGCCAGCACUUCCGUAUUUAUAAGCAGAAAUCUAGCUAGUGGUGCUUGAAUCCCUGUACUGUAAAGCUGGUCUUUAAUCAGGCCCUUUCCCCGAGAGUUGAGGUGGGCACCGUGCAAGAGCUUCCCGCCGGCCCUGGUGGCCUGUGGCGAGUAGAUGUCCCCAUUGGAGAGCCAUCAGCAGCCCUCGCCUUGUCUUCCUGCCCCAACACAGGUUUUCCUCCCCGAUAGGCAAAAGCACAAACACCGGUGCUGUGUCUUGGGGCAUCGGCAGCCAGCUGUCCCUUUGGUUUUGCGAUUUUGGGGGUUUUCUUCUGGUCCCAGUGAGAGCCGGCUUUUGGAGUUUGCAGGGUGGCUUUGGAGGAGCUCAGAUGGCCUCGGGACCAGUGGGAGGGUGGCUCCGGGAUGGAGGAGCGGGACGCAGCCCGUUCUCGGCAGAAUCAGCCCAGAAUAGUGCCUUAACAAUUCGAAUAAACCCCUGACCCAUGGGGGAGCUCCAGGCUGGGAGCUGUUGGGUCUCAUCCCAAGGAUUAGACCCUGGUCAGCCCAAUGACGUCCCGUCCUCCAACUUCUUGCCAUGCCAGGAAAGCCCACGUUACUCUACCAAGCUUCCCCUCCCCGUAGGGUUGGCAGCCCCUCAGGGGGGACCAGAGGGGACUGACAUGCCCAUGUUGUCCCGAAAAGGGCUGCGGUCGGCUCGGUGAUGCCCCACGGUGUGGGUUAGCACCUCUCUGGCCACCUUGUCCUUGCGUGUUCGCCUCCCAGUGAGCUGAAUGAUGUUGAAGUUGAGCUGGUCUUGGAUUUCACUUAUUCAGGCUGGCUUUGUGCCAGCGGAGGAGAAGAGGAAUUGUGGUGUGGAGCAGCAAAGCCAGGGAGGUUUUGCUGUUUUUUUUUUUUUUUUUUUUGUCGGACGCCAGGGGGUCCAAGCUGGGUCUCUUGCUGCUGUGAUUUACCUUGGGGUGUCACGUGUUGAUCUGACCAUGGCUCUGUGGUCUCUCUGCCCAGGAAGGUGUCCCCGUUCUGGGUUGGGGUGACCUGGGAGCACCGCAGAGCCCCUGGCCUGGGCAGAGAGGUGCCGGGCAAGAAGUGGAGCUCGUUGCAGCUGCCCAGGCCAGUAGACGUGUGUGGAUGUGGCCAGGUCGUGGAGGAGGUGCUGAGGAGGUCUGAUGGUGGUUAAGGAGGGAGAGAGGACACUGCAGGAGCCCUUUCUUGUUCACACCUCGGUCUGGGCGGUGUUGGGGUGCUGGGGAGGGUGAUCCACACCUGGCUCUGUGCGAAGUCUUUGUGCUUCGUCUUCUGGACCAAGCCAGCAAAGCUCUUGGGCAUUUCUGAACCUGCCCCUGCGAAGCCAGAAGGGCUCAUCCACGUGCUCAGGAGCUCUGCUGGAUGGGGUUGUGCAGGGGCAGCAGCCUCACUGGGACAGGGGACUGCCCGCUGUCCUCGAGAGUGCCAUUCGAGGUGACGAGUUAGGUGCCUGGUGUCCUCUGCUGGGUGGUGCUCCCCAUACUCAGCAUCUCUGGAGGGCCGGCUUUUCUCAUGGGUGUUAGCAUGUUGCUGUUCAUCCUUGUGCUGGCUCGGAUCCUGUGGAGCUCAGUAUCAGGGAGCUGAGCCCCAUCCCGGCUGCCUUGAGCAGGGGGAGGAUGCUGUGGCAGAGCUGCCCUGCCACGUCUGACCUCCUCAGGUGGGUGCCAGAAGCUCUGCUGCUUGCCUUCCUUCGUGACCCCUGCGCUUACCGGGGCGGUGCAAUGCCUUCUCCAACUCCCACCUGUGAGGGACGUGGGCACUUGGUUCUUGGGGCCAUUGGCUUUUUGAAGGGACCAUGACCCAGCCUGGAAAGUAAUUGCUUUGGAGGCACUUUCAGUGGUACCCUUGGAGAUGUUGGAGGGCCUCAGUAGAGUGGUCCAUGCUGUCUCCUCCUUCUCUGCCUUCCAGACCCCUUCCCCUUGGGCUCCCUUGUGUUUCUUUUCCCUUGCACUUGGCAUUGAGACAGGAUGGGAGCCCGCACCCCAGGGAGACUUCACCUUGCCUGUAUGGUCUUCUGUGAUGGAGCCCAUCAGCCUGCCUGCCUGGCAGAUUCUCCCCCCAAGUAAAUCCCUACACCAACGCAUGCCCCCUCGUACCGCUCACCUGGAGGUGGCUUUCCCCAUCCCUGUCCCAGCUCAUCCUCUCCCAGUGAGGACCUGUGCCGCUCAGAUGUCACCAGGAGAUGACAGCUCCUCCUCGAGGCUGAUGAAGCCACGUUGGGCUCAGGAGGGAAGAGCGGGUGCAGAGCACUUGCUGGCCCUCAAAAAACUUCUUGGUCCAUGGAAAACCCGACGACUGCUCUCAACCACCUCCAGUCCCCUUCGAGAGCCUGCCCGGAGAGCCGCUUGGAGAUGUCGAGAUGUGACCAUGCACACAGCACUUUGGAGAACCAGAUCCCUGCUGCUCCCUCCCCUCUCCGAGGCCUGGGCAGCUCCCAGGAGUCCUACACAGCCUCCGAGCCCUUUUGUCUACGCCCUGACUCAGUCCCGAUGUGUCUCGUCGUGUCUGGUUUUCAUUAAUACUAAGAGCUCAAAGGAGUCGCUCCCACGGCGCCUCGUCCCACAUCCAUCCCAGUCGGACCCUGUUGGCCCCCGUUGGGUUAGACGGGGCAGGGGAGUUGGGUCCGUUGUUUUCAAGCUUUUUAUAUUUUAUAUUAUUUUUUUUUUUUUAACUCUUGCACCUUAAUCUCUCACAUCCCUUCUUCGACAGACCGUGAGGGUGGAGAGGGGCUUGAUUUCCAUUGCGCGUACCCAUGAGCAGACCGCAACGCAAUGUUCGGCCGAUGGCUCUGCCCGCGGCCCGGACCUGGCGGAGUUUUGGGUUUUAUUUUUCCUUUUGGUUUGAACUCUGGGGAGGGAGGGAGCCACGAAGGGAGGGUUGUUUUUGUUUUCUAUAUCCCAGGAGCCUGGUAGCACAGACCAGUUAGCCUCAUUAUGUCCAUGAGGUAUGGCUGGCCCUUUGGACCACAGCCAUAACCCAAGUGCAGUGGGAAGGCGAUGGAUGGAUGGACAGUGGGUGGGAACGGCUGUGACAGUGCAAUAGAGACGAGCAUCCGCUGCUAGACAACUCCACUGAUUAAACUCUUGGUUCACCUGAAGUCAAGAGGGAAGGACAGAUGGACAGACGCCCUUGGUUCACACGGACGGAGAGAGCUUCCCCGCACGCAGUCCCGCUUAAUGACACACAACCGUGACGGAGUUGGGUCGAACUCACAAAGGAAGAAAAAUUUUGAAAAACAGGAGAGAAAAAAAAAAAAAAAACAAAAGAAAAUAAGAACAACCUCAGUAGCAUGGAACUUGAAGGAAGUGAACAAAACCCCAAGCACUUGCCUCAAAACUAGUUACUCAUGCCUGGUGUUCGGCUCUGUAUUAUUUUGCGGCAUUCAGUACCGGUUGCCCAAACAUGCCAAGUUAAGAGUGUAUCGGUGGCUCUACUAGUGUGAACAACCUAAACGAAGCACUUUAUUCUGUAUAGAUAAGGGAAGACGGGGAGGGGAGGGGAAGCGUGGAUGCUUUUCGGAAGCGUCUUAAGUAAUGUUCUAGGAAAUGUAUUAUUAUUAUUAUUAUUACUUCUUUUUUUUUUUUUAUGACCAUGUGUAAUCAAUAUAUGUUUAUCUUUAACGCCAAGUACAGCAGUUACUCUCUUUGGGACGGUGUGAGGAGGGGGAGGCUGAGGCUGCCGGUUUAGCCCAUCAUCACGGGGCCGCCAGGGCAAGGCAUUGCCUGCUGCAGAAAUGGGGCGACUCUUGCUGUGGUGUUGGCCCCGGUGAUGUCCGGGAGGUCCCAAGAGGUGCUUCAAAGCUGCCUUCCAGGGCACAGCUCACAGCCAGCCGUGGCACCACGGCCUCAUCCUGAGCCAUCUUCUGCCUGGGGGUGCUGGAGCUGCUCUCUGGGCCACCGGCGAGUAAGACGAGCCAUGGCGGGCUGUUCUGGGGUGUCCCUAGAGGCCAGGUCCUUGGCCGUGCUUUGAAACCUGCUUUUGGCCUCUCACCAAGGCACGUUCAGGGGUCGCUGAGCUCUGAAAGUGGUGAGAGGACAGAACUGGGCCUUUCCACUGCGUUCUCCCAGUCUGGAAGUGUUAUGACUGUUACCAAAGAGGUUGCAAGUGGAAGGACUGAAUCAAUAAACGAUUUGUCUUUUAUAAAAGAAA